GUCAUUGUGAUAGCAAGAAAAAAAAUGUUCUUAAUAGUGUUGUUGUGCCUUAUCACUUACUUCCAAUCGAAUAUUAAUUGUGCUAAAUUUCCGAAUGAGCUUACAAAGUGCAAUUACGGUGAUUCGGAAUGCAUACUUACAAAAGUAAAUGAUAUUUUUCAAAAUAAACAUAAAGGAUUUCAUGGACUAUUGCUGCCAUCACUUGAUCCGCUACAUAUUAGAAAACUGAAUCUAGUGCAAGGAUCUGGACAACGAGUUAACAUUGAACUAUAUUUUAGUGAAAUUGAUUUAAUUGGACUAUCAAAUGCAACGGCUUAUAAAGCUACUGGAUUUGAUCAAGUUCCUUUAGAGUUCAUCGACUUUAGGUUCAUGAUACCGAUGCUUAUGAUUAAAGGACCUUACAAGGUCAACGGAAUAAUUUCUUUCUUACCUCUUAAUGGACGAGGAGAAUCAGAAUUGGUGUUGGAUAAUGUGCAUUUCGUUAUGAAGUUCAAGACAAAAAUGUACGAUAAAAAUGGAAAUGCUCACCUUAAGCUUGAAAAAUCAAAAAUGAAUUUCAAUACAACAAGAUUGCGGAUGAACUUCGUCGACUUAUUUGGCAGCAAUGAGCAGCUUGGAUUAAACAUGAAUACAUUUCUCAAUGAAAAUUGGAAGGAAAUUUUAGAAGACCUUAAAAUGACAAUUGUUGACGGUUUUGGUGAAGUUUUCAGUACAAUCAUCAAUCACGUGCUGAAUAAUUUUGCAUAUAAAGAAUUGUUUAAUUAAACUUAUUUUAACAAUUUGCUAUUAUUCCUAUAAAUAUGGCUAUUUAUCACAUAAAAUAUUAUUUUUUCUCUAUUAUCCAUUUAAUUUUUU